GAGCAAUUUGUCACAUCAACGAGAGAGCUGAGGAGAAAUUGGGUGUAGAAACAGCGAAAGAGAAAGAGAGAGAGAGAGAGAGAUGGCGUCGGGCUGGGGAAUUACCGGAAACAAAGGUCGCUGCUACGAUUUCUGGAUGGAUUUCAGCGAGUGCAUGUCUCGCUGCCGUGAGCCCAAGGACUGUGCUUUUCUCCGCGAAGACUACCUCGAGUGCCUCCACCAUUCCAAAGAGUUUCAACGACGAAACCGGAUUUACAAGGAGGAGCAGCGCAAACUAAGGGCUGCUACCAGGAAAGGCCAGGAGGAUGGGGUUAAUGAACAUCAUCAUUAGAACCUGGAGUUAAUUUUCAAUCUAAGCUUCUGAACAAUUAUUUUGAUAAAAUGUUUGUGAUUUGCUUGGAUCGGUAUUCCUGCAUGUUCUGUGAGCCCAUAUUUUAUACUUUUGAUGUUGCGGGCUUCUUUUCCCUGUGCAAUAAAUUCAGAAGUCAACUUAGGACUGCAAAUUUCACUAUAAGUUUGCUGAGUGAAUUUGGUAAAUGUCUUUGAGAUGUAAACAUGGGUUAAAAGGAUUGAAAUUCUCUAAAUGAAAAAGAUCAACAAAUUAAAAUCUU